GAAAGCAGUUCAGCAACGACGACAACCGAAGAUCAUGCGUCCUGUGCUGUUCUUGGUGGUGGUUGGCGUGGUGGGGCUCGCUGUAGUUGGCAGUGGCGUGGCGUGGGCCCACGACGAUGACGUGGUGAAGGUGGAGCACGCCCCAGGCCAGCAGCAGCCUGGGAUGGCAAGCCAGGGCGUGGAGGCAGAGACCUGUGCUGAUGGUGGGGACGACCGGGCAACAUGUGGCGCGAGUGCAUCAAGCGCCAGCGUUAAGGAUGCAGCAAAGUACAGCGACACUGCUGCUGCUGCUGCUGCUGCCAACGCUGAAGCUGGUACCGAAGCUGAACCUGAGCGACCUGCUGCCGAGACCGCUGAUGGAAGAGCUCAAGGCGCAACAAGCGACAAGGAGUCGUCCGAAGCAAGCGUGGAUGAAGCCAUGCGCAAGCUCAAGCAAAGGCAAGCGAAAGGAAAGAUACCCCAGACGGCCAUCAUCGUCCUGGGCAUCAUCGGCAUCAUCGUCUUCAACGUGUACAAGGUGUCGUCACGGCUGCGUCAGCGACAGCAGGAACGAACCCAGCAGCGUGUGAAGCAGAAGCUCGCAUUCAACAAAGAGCGGGAGAACGCACGCCGGCUGUUGUCGGAGAACGAACGCAAAGUCGAGCAGAUGACACAGAUGCUGGCAGCGAUGCAGAACAACAUCUCACGGGAGUUGCGAAACAGACAGCGAGCAGUGGAGACGCUCACCGAGUUCUCAGCCAUGCGAAAGCGCAAUGCUGAGCGAGAGACCACGUUCACGUGACACUUUAGGGCGGUGCCAAUGUCAAACGACACUACACUCAUCGCUCCACUGCAGCUGCGAGUUGUUGCGAGGGCUGGGCUGUCGCGAACACCGGCCCCUGCUGUGUGAUGGUUGUGAUGCGGUGCCUCUACGCCAACGUCCCAUGAGUCUGCAUGAUACCGCUUGCUUGCCUCGCUUGUGUUACAUAUAUCUCUUCUUAUUGAACUGGCAAGCAGUUCACGUGCUGCUGUUGCAACCCUUCGGUACACAAAAUGAACACGCGUAUGUGCUAGACACGCAUAGACAGGCAAG